UUCUAAUGAAUCCUCAACGUUCUGACCGAAUCUUUUUCACUGAGAGCGAGGCUUCUGGAUCUUUUUAGAUCGAUUGUAAUUUAACACAUAAUGCGAUGACAUUUUGCAAGCAUUCUGCACACGAAAACUGCAUUCAGCAUCACAUGAAAAGAAAUCAAUGUCACCUCUGUCGCUGCUGUCACGCUCAUUCUUGACAACGUCGUUAGUACCCAGAUGACUUCAUACAUCUAGAUAUCGUUUUACUGUAUCUCAAUCAGAGAGGUUUACCACUGGGUUCGGAGACAAAUAUCAAGCAACAGAUAAUCCGAAGGAUCAACAGUUUGAUUAAAGGUUAUAACACACAAUCCCACUGGAGCUCGUUUAUUAAGGUUACCUGUGUCAUGCAGCAGAAAGUGUGCACACGCAACACAGCGCUGUUUGUGAAGAACGGGCAGGCAUGUGGAGCUGGAGCCCCUCCUCAGCUUCCUUUCCGCUGCCCUCGAUGUGGAGAGCAUGAACGUUUCCAUAGCCUUUCCUCUCUCAGAGCUCACCUAGAAUACAGCCACCCGUUCCACGCUAAACAUGACUCCAGCCUCCUAUCCACGAGGGAUCUCUCGAGCACAGAGCGCACGGAAAGCUGCAAACCCUCCAAUCCCGACAUGCAUAAAGUACGUGACGCCGGCACGAACACCAACUCUGCUGCCAGAGGAGAGCACAAGCACUUAUUCGGCGCUGACCCAACUCCAUCUCAGCAAGCCCUAGAGAGGAGCCUCAGUGUUGGGGAUGCGCCGGCCGGAGCGGGGCCCCUCUCGGCUCCUGUGGCGUCAGUGGAGAAGAGGCUGGAGGGGAUGAUGAGGACAGCCAAUAGCAGCAUGGAGCGGCGUCUGCUGCGGCUGAGCUCAGAGCUGGCACAGACGGACACGGCUAUCCUGUGUGAGCGUGCUCACUCGCAUCACCUGGCCCAGGAGAAACAGGAAGUGCUGGAGAGAGAGCGGGCCCUCAGCAGACAGGUAGAUGCCGCCGUUAUGGUGAUCGCCACACUCAGGCAGCAGCUCAGUAUCUCGGAGCACGAGCUGGAGAGGAGAGAACAGGAAGUUAUUACCAUCCAGAAGUUUCUGGAAGCAGCGGCGCAGCACGAGAUGUGUGGAAAGGUUCGUUUGCGUCGGUUCAUCGAGAGCCUGUUGAGGAGGAUUUCCCUGGCUGAGAGACUGCUGGAGUAUUAUCAGAGCGCCCCCCACAGGCAGUACUGCACGGCUCACUCUGUGCCUCUGCCGUCAGAGCUCGGCCCACAUAGAAUAACACAAAGCAGGUCUUCAGGAGACCAUCCUGAGCAGGAUGAAGAGCAGCAGUUACUUGGUCAGUCUGGAUGGGGACUGUCUAAAGGCUCUUCGGGAAGACUGGGUUAUGACAGCUGGUCCCAGCGGAGGAGGUCAGAUGGGUACGAGGUUUAGGGCCAGAUGUGGAGAUUAGCAAUGAAUGUACAUGCAAAUAACACUAUUACUGAAAUAUGUUGAAUAUAUUAAUUAUACAGUGGGGUCCAAAGUCUGAAACCUGAUUGAAAAUCUUAUUUUUUUAUUAUUUUUUUGUACGAGUCCUGUUUUUAAAAUUAUUUAUGUAGUCCAUACUUUGUUAUUAUUUUUUUUAGCACAUCUUAAUUUAAUUCGUUCAAUUGAUCAAAAGGGA